AUGAUAGCUAGUAUUAUUGUUGGCAUGUCAAACAAUUUAAUUUGGGUCGGUUGGUCAAUAGUUCAUUGGCAUAAAAGACCGGAUGAUGCAUGGAAGCCAGUUACAGCAACACUGCUCAUCUUGCUAGCUAUGUCGCUGGAGAUAUAUGAUUUUCCACCUUUGUUGGGAAUUCUUGAUGCACAUUCCUUAUGGCAUGCUAGUACUAUUUAUAUAGCCUCUUUUUGGUACGAGUUUUUAAUUGAAGAUGCCAAAAUUGAAAGUUUCCGAGAAAGCAAAGGGAAAAAGAUUGACAAAAACUGA